ACGAAAAGAAAUAUAACUGGUUUAGCGCAUAAGCGCCGUAAGUUUUGUUUAUACAUUUAACGACAACGUGAAAGGGUUUCACUUUCGAUUUCGUUCGUUUUCUUUUUCAAAAAGUGGAAUUCUCUCUCGAGUCAGUAUCGCGAGUGCCGCAUUUGAUGUAGGUUCUCUGCGUGUUCGUAUCAGAAAUGUUUAAAGUUUGUCUUUUGGUUUUGGCGAGUGCCUGUUUGGUGUACGCAAUUCGUAUUGAAGUGCGCCAAGCAGAUUACUAUGAUCCUUAUUAUGACGGCCAUCAUGGACAGUAUCAAGCUGUGCCUGUCAAGGUAGUGAAGAAGCCAAAGGAGCAUGAAAAAGGGCAGGACUUGUCUAAAAUUCCUGGUGUUCCUGGUGUAGACUAUCCUGUUUAUCAUUCGGUACCAGAAACUGGUUUCUCUUGCCACAAUGUCCCAGCGCAUCCGGGCAUGUAUGCCAACGUAGAAACUGGAUGCCAAGCAUACCAUGUGUGCCAUGAUGGUCGUGAGGGACACCAGGGUGCGUCGUUUCUUUGCACAAAUGGUACCCUUUUCAACCAGAAAGAAUUCGCUUGCGAUUGGUGGUACAAUGUUGAUUGCCACAGUGCUACAAAUUAUUACAGAUUGAAUUUGGAUCCUGAGAAGAAUCCCUACUUCCCCAAGAAAAAAGUGGAGGAAGAGAAAAAACUUGAAUACGCACCAGAACCAGCGUAUCACGGUCACUUUUAAGCAGUUUGGUGUUGUAAUAAUUUAAAAUUUGAAUUACUUUUCUGUAUUAUAAUUCAUUAUGUAACUUAUUGGCAAAACACGUUAUUAAAUAAACUUUCAAAUCUUUUCACAUUAAUAAAA